UCGGCCGUGCUGGGGCGGCCUCGGGCCGCACCCGGGAGGGGUGCCCAGCUGGGCGUGUGCGCCCACCUGUUUCGGCGCGUUUCCCACGGCUGACUGGGCCGGGCUGGGGAGGCUUAGAGCCUGAGCGGGGGCGGCGACGGAGAGAAGGAGCCGCGGGACGGAGGGCCGCGGGCCAGGACCGAGGAUUGACGCGCCCUGAGCGGGGGGGGCAGGGCGUUGGCCCGGGUGUGGAUCCCCUCGCACUGUACGCCCCGCCCGCCGUCAGCGCGCACUCUCCGUCGCGUUUCCCAGCUGGGCGCGCCCUCCGCUCAAGCGUCGGUCAGACCCGCGUCCGCCCCGCCCUUGCCCCCCCGUGGGCGUUCCGAGGCCAGCUCCAGCCGCCGCGCUCCGAGCCGCAUACUGUCCGGGCCCCCGGCCUCCCCGGCUCCGCCCGACUUCGGUGCAUUGAGGGCGCACAUGGCAGCGGUGGGGCCGCGGACCGGCCCUGGCGCCGGGGCCGACGCGCUGGCACUGGCGGCAGAGCUGCAGGGGGAGGCGACGUGCUCCAUAUGCCUGGAGCUCUUCCGCGAGCCCGUGUCCGUCGAGUGCGGCCACAGCUUCUGCCGUGCCUGCAUCGCGCGCUGCUGGGAGCGCCCCGGCGUGGCGGCCCCCGCUGCUCCCCGCGCGUUGCCCUGCCCCCUGCCCUGCCCGCAGUGCCGCGAGCCCGCGCGCCCCAGCCAACUGCGGCCCAACCGGCAGCUGGCAGCGGUGGCCGCGCUGCUGCGGCGCUUCAGCCUCCCCGCGGGCGCGCUAGGGCAGCGCGAGCCUACGCGGGCGGCGGCAGGAUGCGCACUGCACGGCGAACCGCUCAAGCUCUACUGCCAGGACGACGGACGCGCCAUUUGCGUGGUGUGCGACCGCGCCCGCGAGCACCGCGCACACGCAGUGUUGCCGCUCGACGAGGCGGUGCAGGAGGCCAAGGUGAGCGCCGGCGCCACCCCAGCCGGUCCCCGGGUACCCCAGUUCCGGCCCCGCCUUGCGACGCACGCAAUACAGACGACAGGCAGGCAGGCGCUCCGGAGCUCCUGGAAUCCAGGCUGGAGGUCUUGAAGAAGGAUCUAGAGGACUAUGAGGUGUUUCGUUCCACUGAAGAGUGGGAGAGCAAGGAGCUCCUGAAACAGAUGGCAGCCGAGCGAGAGAAGGUGAGUGUGGAAUUCCAGGCACUGAGGGCCUUCCUGGUAGAGCAGGAGGGUCGGCUCCUGGGCCGUCUGGAGGAGCUUUCCCUGGAGGUGACACAGAAGCAGAAUGAGAACCUGGCCCAGCUCGGGGGAGAGAUCACCCAGCUCUCCAAGCUCAGCAGCCAGAUUCAGGAGACAGCUUGCAAGCCUGACCUCGACUUUCUCCAGGAUUUCAAAAACACACUAAGCAGGUGCAGCAACGUGCCUGGCCCCAAGCCAACCACAGUCUCUUCUGAGAUGAAAAAUAAAGUCUGGAAUGUUUCCCUCAAGACCUUUGUCUUAAAGGGGUUGCUCAAGAAGUUCAAAGAGGAUCUUCUGGGAGAGCUGGAGAAGGAGGAGAAAGUGGAGCUGACCUUGGACCCCAACACAGCCAACCCCCGGCUCAUCCUCUCUCUGGAUCUUAAGAGCGUGCGCCUCGGACAGCGCCCCCAGGAACUGCCCAGCCACCCGCGCCGCUUCGAUACCAACACGCGGGUCCUGGCGUCCUGCGGCUUCUCCUCCGGGCGGCACCACUGGGAGGUGGAAGUGGGCUCCAAGGACGGCUGGGCCUUCGGAGUGGCCCGUGAGAGUGUGCGCCGCAAGGGCCUCACGCCCUUCACCCCCGACGAGGGCGUCUGGGCGCUGCAGCUCAACAGCGGGCAGUACUGGGCAGUGACCAGCCCUGAACGGACGCCGCUCAGCUGCGGGCACCUGUCCCGCGUGCGGGUGGCCCUGGACCUAGAGGUGGGGGCCGUGUCCUUCUACGCCGUGGAGGACAUGCGCCACCUCUACACCUUCCGCGUCAAUUUCCAGGAGCGCGUGUUCCCGCUUUUCUCCGUCUGCUCUACUGGCACCUACUUGCGAAUCUGGCCUUGAAAGGCAUUGCCGGGCCUCCUAUAGGGCACCAGUCAGCGGCGACUCCUCCUUGUCCUGGCUGCCCUGGGAAGGAAUGUCAC